GAAGGCGUGUGUGAUGUCCCCUACAGUGGCUCCCGUGUGGCCCUCCGUGGCCCUCCGGUUCCUGCUGCUGGCCGUGCUGGCGGCGGGCCGCUGUCUCGCCAAGCCGCCGCUGCUGGUCUUUCUCAUAGACGGAUUCCGUUACGACUACAUGGACGACCUGCACUCACUGCACGGAUUCAGGCAGCUGGUGGCCAACGGAGUCAAAGUGGACUACAUGACGCCAGACUUCCCGAGUCUGUCAUAUCCCAACUACUACUCCUUAAUGACAGCUUCUCAUCCACCCAUCCAUCCAUCAUAUGAACCGCUUAUCCUGCUCUCAGGGUCGCAGGGAUGA